AUGUUGGGUCGUUUGUUCAAACAGACUCCAACCAAUAGCUUAAACAAUCAUCAUCAUGGCUUGUCUUCCAAUAAUCCUUCCCCUUCUCCAUCAGUACCGAACCCAACCAAUCCUAGUUUAAAUAAUCCUUCAUUUGAUGAUUCAUAUGCAAGAGAAAUCUUAUAUGGAACUCAUAAUCCAAAUCAAUUAAAACCAUAUCAAUUCAAUAAUAAAUUCUUUAGAGUCAUCGUAUCUCAAGAUGGUGGAAGUUUAAGAUCAAAACAAGUUCUUUAUGAUUCUUCUUUAUCUGAAGCUUCUUUAACUCCUUCCCCUUCAUCUUCCAUAAAUACUAUUACUGGUGGUAGUUAUCAUAAAGUCACAAGUCCUGUAUCCCCCAUCCCUCCACCAUCACCAUAUUCAUCUUCAUCAUCAUCAUAUUCCAAGCAUAAUCAUAAAACUAUCAUCCCUUCAAAGAUCUAUCAUAAUUCAAAUGAAUUAAAUGAUUAUAUGUUUGGAUGUGGUGUACCCAGUAAUGAGAUUAAUUGUUCAACUAAACUUCAUGUCUUACCCUCCAUAAACAAUCUUAUCGGUGGACCUUAUAAUGCAGUAUUAAUAACGAGAUUAUUUUCCAUCUGUGAUGUGGAAAACACAGAUCCCCAUACUGAUAUAUCUUCAAUAAAUUCAAAUAUAAAUUGGCAUCCCACUUCUGCUUUACCGAUUGGUGCAACUAAUAUCAAAAAAUUCCCCUUCUUUAGAAAUCUAUCCUCAUCAUCCAAUCCAAUAAUACCGACCACCACCAACUCUAAAUCAUCAAGUAAUAUCAAUAGUAGAUUUUCUAUUGGGAUAGUUAUUCCGUUAGAUUCUUUAAAUGAUAUCAAUGAUGUCAUAGUCAAUAAUUGGGAUGAAAUUUCUCAUUUCUUAAUCCUUCUCCAAAAAUCAAUCUAUAAGAAAUUAUUAUCAAUUUUAAAUAAUAAUUGCUUAUAUGAUAAUGAAAAUAAUCUUUGUUCAUGUUCAUAUCUUAUUAAUAAAAGAAUUCAAUUCCCUAAUUAUAUCUUACAAAAUGAUUUGGAUUUAAAUAAUCAAAUGUUAAAAUUAAUUAAAUUAAUCCAUUAUGAUUCAAAUAUUCCUAAAUUAAUCAAUACAAAUAGUUUAAUGAAAUCUUGUUUAAUCGAUGAUAAUACCCAAUAUAAUUCAGUAUUUUUAAAUUGGGUAUUGGAAACUUUAAAUUGGUUAGAAUUUAAAGAUGGUAAAUCAUUCUUACAAAAUGCCACUAAUAAUUCAUUAACUAAUUAUAAUUCAAAUUCUUCAUUUCAUACCACUAAUACUGGAAGUACAGAUUUGACAUCAUAUGCUAAUAAUAAUACAUUCUUAGCAAGUUUAUUAGCAUUAUUGAUUCCCAUGAGACAACUGUUAAGUGUUAAACCUUAUCAUAACGUGACAGAUUCAAAAGUUAGAGAAGUUACGAGAGUAGUGCUUAUGACGGGAAAUCCAGUAGUGGCUAAAAAAUUAAUAUUCAUUAUAAAUGGUAUAGUGCCUGAUUCAAAUACUCCUGAUGUCGACGAUUAUGAAGUUAAUCAUUUAGAACAAAAACAACAACAACAACAACAGCAAAGACAACAACCCGAUCUUCGUCAUCAAGAAGAUAGCCAGCAACAUAUUCCACAAAAUAAGACUAAAUCAUUCGAAUAUGAUGAAAAUGAUUGUUCAACCUCACCAAAGAGUAAAAGACCAUAUCCACCACCAAGAUUACCAUCAACUUUUUCAAAUACAAGUUCAGGUAGUAAUAAUAAUGUCACUACACCUUCAUCACCAGCCAAAUCCAUCAAUCCUAUACCCAUCAAACGAUCAACUCAAUUCUCCACCUCAGUAAGUUCUUCCGAUAAUUCAUUUGGUAGAUCAUCACCAACCGCCAAGGGAUGGGAAAUUCCUGGAAAAUCAGUUGCUAGUACAUCAACUUCAACUCCAAAUAGAGAAAAUAUCGAAGUUUCUGUUCAUAAUGGUAGUAUUACAAAGGGAAUACCUAUAGUCUUACCGGUGAAUGCAACUUCUAAAGCACAAAUAUCAUCAUCAUUAUCUAAAUCAUCUUCAUUGGCUUAUCUUUCAUCCUCAUUAAGCUCAUCUUAUUCAUCAUCAUAUUCACUUCCUAAGAUUGGUAGUAGUUUUAUGGAUAAAUGGAAGAAUUCCAUCAGUUCAGUAUAUGCUGGUAGUUCAAGUGGUGUACCUCAUCAUGGAAAUGGUAGUAUAUCUUCAAAUUAUGGAUAUGAUGGUGAUUAUUUCCCUCCACCCCCAACUACUUUUGGAAGUAUACCUAAACGGAAUUCAAUUCAAUCCUUAAGAAGUCCAUCUCCAGCCAUUGAACAAGAAGAAUUUACGUGGACUACUCAUUCAGCCAAUAUCCCUAUUGCUCAUAGUAAUGGUAAUUCAAGUCAAAAUGGGAUGGGUAAUGUCAUGUCUAAUAUUUAUGGUCUGACUCCAAAUAAAUUAUCCCGAACUCAAUCAAUGUAUGAUCUUUAUAAUAUGAAUAAUGAAAUCUUGGAAGAAAGUUAUAAUGAAAGUAAUAAUCUUAGUGAUGAGAAUUUUUCAAGUUCAAAUACAAUCAAGGUGAAUAGUAGUUCAAAUUCUAAUCCUAAUAAUUCCAAUAAUGGAAAUCAUAAUUCUACUUUGAAUAAGAAUCUUGCCAUUAAAAGAUCAAAGACAAGUGUUUAUUCACCAUUAAUUGAUGAUAAUCUUAUUAAAAAUGUCAAUGAACAUAAUAAGACUAUUAUUCAACUGAAAUGUGAAGAGAUUAUGAAAAUGAAAUUUCAAGAUCCAACUGCUGCAUCCAAAAAGGAAACUCACAUAUUAGAAAUUUCACCCAUCAUUCAUAAUGAAAAGAGUUUUGUUGAUAUUGAUGAAGCUGAAAGUCUUAUUAAUGAUCAAAGUACUAUUUCAUCCGGGUUUGAUAAUUUGGAUUUAGGUAAUGAUGAUGGAGGAGAAGGGUUAUCAUCUCAUCCAAUUUUUAAACAUUUGGCAUUAUCCCCCAAUGUGGCAUUUUCAGAUGAAUUUAGAUCUGAAUUUAAUAUUCAAUCAUGUCCAGUUAAUCCUAAAUUAGAAACUCAAGUCAUGAGUGCUAUGAGAAAUGAUUUACUAUUUUAUCAAAAUAAUUUCGAUUAUAGUAAAAUCGUAUCCAGAACUGUGUUUAUUAGUUUAAGAGCUCGUGAAAUUAAAUUAAUUGAAAUGACAAUUGAUAAUGAUGCUUAUCAUCGCGCUUCAUUUAGUACUGCUAAUCCACCAAAGCCCGAAACUCCAAGUAAUGGUUCAAAUCCUCAAAUCUCAAGUUCAUUAUCAUCACCAUUAGGAUCAUAUUUCCCCGAUACGUCUUUAUUCCAUAUGAAAAAAAAUUCAGAGAAGCCUAAUAAUAAUUAUAAAACGAAAACAUUGAAAGUGUUUACUCCGGCUAAGAAUUUAGGAAAUCUUGAAUUAAUCAAUAAAGUGGAUAAUACAUUUGAAGAAAUCAAUCAAUUGUUUAAUUUACAACAACAGUAUCGAACAAAACAACAGCAACGACAACAACAACAGCAGCUGUCACAACAGGAGAAGGCUGAUAAAACUGAAGGAUUCCAUGACUUUAAUAAAAAGUUAUCGAAGCUUGUAUUAAGUUUGGUCUAA